AUGGGUGAGAACAUGGCUGUAGAUGCAGUUGCAUCUGUGGUGCUCCAGAAGCUAAGGGAGUUGAUCAAGGACAAGUCCUUUGCGAGCAACAAGAUCAUCGGCUAUCACCUCAGGGAGAUGGAGCGGAUCCUCAAGAAUACGAGCUGGCUCUCCUUGGUUGGUGCUGCAGAUGAGGAACCAAAUGCUGAAGAAAUCAAGAACCUGAGGAAGGAGUACCUCGACCAGAUCUACUCAAUCGAGGACAUCAUUGAGUCCUUUGCUCUUCGCUUCACCCGCCAGAGGAAGAAGCACAGAUUCCUCGUGAAUCAUGCUCGCUUCCUCAAGAAACUCCCAGCUCUCCCAAUGCUCGACUACAAACUCCGCAAUAUUAAGACGAAAGUUAAGAAGCUCAACAAGCAAACAAACAGCCUUGAAGGAAACAGCACAGUGGAAAGACAGGAAAUCAGACAGACUCCUCCACUUUCUUUCAUUCAUGAAGAAAGUCAAGGUCAGAGCUCAAGCAUGAAUAGCGUGGAGAGCAGAACAAACAGCCUUGAAAGCAGCAACAUAGAGGGAAGACUCGAGAUCAAACAGAUUCAUGAAGAAACUCAAGGUCAGAGCUCAAGCAUGAAUAGCGUGGAGAGCAUAACAAACAGCCUUGAAAGCAGUGACAUAGAUGGAAGACUGGAGAUCAAACAGGCUCCUACACUUUCUUCCAUUUGUGAAGAAACUCAAGGCCUGAGCCCAAGCAUGAAGCGCAUCAAGAGAAGUCCCGCUUUAGGAAACAUACAAGAAAGGCCACCAAAUCUAUGCAGCAACCACUCCUUCAAAGUGCUCUCACGCAGUGAUGCCUCAAUUAUUCGAGAAAGGUGUGAGCAUUCAAAGCUCAUGUGUAGUCACUCCUAUGACAGGGGAGGACCAUCCAUGGUCGGAAACCAAGGCAAGGUAGAAGAUCUCCUGCAUAGGCUGGAGAAUUCGGAUGACUGGAUAAUCCCAAUCUUAGGGGAACUAGGCUCAGGCAAGACGAUGCUGGCUCAUACCGUCUAUGGAAACAGAAGCAUGAAGAACAAGUUCAAGCGUGCUGCUUUGGUGAACAUUUUCAAGGAAUCUACGAUAAAGGACAUCCUGCUCGCCUUGCUGAACCAGGCGAAGAAGAAAUCGGAAGUGCAAGAUGGGAGCGAUGAGAAGUUCCUCAAAGACAGUCUCAAGGAGGAACUCAAUGAUCGGACAUACUUGGUCAUGCUGGAUGGAGUUCAGUCAUUGAAUCAAUGGAAAAGACUUAAAGAUGCCUUCCCAGAUCGACAAAAUGGGAGCAAGAUCAUCAUUACCACCCGCGAUGAGCAAGUAGUGAUGGAUGCUGAUCCAAUGGGGAGGCGGAUAUAUAAUUUGGAGAAACUCAGCCCUGAAGAGAGCUGGACUUUGUUCAUGAAAAAGGUGGGCUCACCAACAGAUCCAGAAAAUUCUCUGAAAGAGGAAAUUAAUAAAGUAUGCAGGGGGCUGCCUUUGAACAUUGUUCUGCUCGGGAGUCUGUUGUCAAUGAAGCAGAGAGGGCAGUGGUCGGAAAUAGUCGAGAAGAUCGCCAGAAAUUGGCAAGCCUCAGACAUUAUGAACUUGAGCUACAAUGAUCUGGAUCACCAUUUGAAACUGUGUCUCAUCUAUAUGACACUGUUUCCCAAAGAACUCGACAUUCCAGUGAGGAGGCUGAAACGGUUGUGGCUUGCUGAGGGAUUCAUAGAACAACGACAGAAUGGAGAGUUCCAAGAAGAUGGGGCGCAAGAGUAUUUCAAAAAUCUGGUGAAACGAAGCUUGAUAAUGGUGUCGAAACAAAGGUCAGAUGGAAGUGCUAGAAGGUGCCGGUUGCAAGGAGCCCUCCACGACCUCUUGUUGGAACAGGGACGGGAUAUCCGCCUUUUUCAUGUUCAUCCUGGAUCAGAUGGUUCUUUCGAAAUGAGGAGACUUGUUGAAUAUGCUGAUGCCAGGAAUGAUCCACUUGACCCUUGUCACACUAGACAUGUCAGGUCUUACAUAUCUUUCAACCCGCAGAAAAAGGAUACUCCAGCAAAGCAUGUAAAUUCUCUUGUUAGUAACAUGGGCAAAGGGCUUGGCUUGCUGAGGGUACUUGAUCUGGAGGGAGUCUACAAUCCUAAUUUGCCCGACAACCUAGGUGACUUGUUCAAUUUGAGGUAUUUGGGAUUGAGAUGGACUUUCUUGGAUAAGCUUCCUAAAUCAGUUGGUGAACUCCCUUAUCUCCAAACGUUAGACUUGAAGCAUACACGCAUAGACAAGAUCCCGACCACCAUUUGGAAAUUGAAGAAUCUCCAGCACCUCAAUCUCGAUGAAGUUCAUCUAGACAAGGAUGCGCCUCUGCAUUGCCGCGAGUCCUUGCCCGAUCUCCAGACACUCUGGGGAUUAUCAGUCAGCCACGAGAGCCCGAUCAAAAAUGGUUUGAGCAAGAUGAAACACCUAAGAGAAUUAGGAAUUUCUUUCUGUUUCAUCAACCACAGUGAUGAUCGUGAUCCUUUCCAAGACAGAGGUAAAGGCCAAUCUACAGAAGCUUUGGUGAAGUGGAUUUCUGAGCUAAAGGAUCUUCAGUCAUUGAGGUUGCGAUCUAAAGAUGAUUGUGGGAAACCUUCAGAUCUUAGUUUAAGGCCGUUUUCAGGCUUGACAAAACUUUCCCACAUGAAGUUACUUGGGAAGUUGCAACAACUUCCUCCCUCGGAUCAGUUUCCACCUCAUAUUAAGGUUCUCACAUUAUCAUUGUCGUUUCUAUCCAAAGAUCCCAUGCCAAUUCUUGGACGGCUCCCGGAUUUAACAGUUUUGAGGCUGCUCGGUAACUCAUUCCUCGGGGAGAAAAUGGUCUGCCACAGUGAAAGCUUUAAGAAACUUGAGGUUCUAAAACUCUGGGUGCUCCAAGAUCUCAAGGAAUGGAAAGUCGAAGACGGUGCAAUGAAGAAACUCAAAGAGGUCAACAUUAGAAGGUGUUCCAAGCUCGACAACUUCCCAACCAGCUUGUUGGAGCAGGAAACUUUCAAAGAUUUGACCUUGAACAACAUGCCCCCUGGAUUCAAGAAUAAUAUUGAAGAAAAGUAUCACUGCAAGGUCUACAUCAAAGAUUUCGAAGAACACCUUAUUGCUCAAGUUUAG